AUGUAUAAUGGCAACUGUGUAAAAUACGGUAACAACAUCCCAUUGUCUGAAUUGGAAAUUUUUGUUAAUAGAUAUGUCUGUCUCUAUGCAUCGUCAGUGACUUUUAAUUUCCAUCUUCCGAGGAAGAAUGGCGCGGGGUUGCAAAGGAGUUCGAAUGUUUGUGGCAAUUUCCCAAUUGCGUGGGUGCGAUCGAUGGAAAACACAUACAAAUAAAAAAACCUAGAAACAGUGGUUCAUAUUAUUAUAAUUAUAAAGGAAACUUUAGUGUUGUGCUAAUGGCAAUUGCAAAUGCAAAAUACGAAUUUAUAAUGGUUCAUUGUGGGACCAAUGGUAGGGUAUCAGAUGGUGGAGUUUUGA